AUGGGAGGCUGCAAAGUCUGUAUAAAGAAAAACAGAACAGAUUGGCUUAAUACCCUUUUGCUUAGCAAAUUCUUCGGUUCCUGUGGGGUUCAUCAUGACCUUCGCAAAAAUGAGAAGAAUGUCUUCUGCAUAGAUUGCAAUAUCCGCCUCUGUAGGCACUGUAUGACGGCUCAUUGCCUCCACACAAAGCUUCAGAUCUGCAAAUACGUCUACCAUGAUGUGGUUCGCCUUCAAGAAAUUCAGAAGCAUCUUGACUGUUCUAAAAUUCAGACAUAUAAAAUCAACGGCGAGAAAGCUGUGCAUCUAAAUCCUCGCCCUCUAGCCAAAGAUGCCAAGCCAUCAACAAAAGCAAAGUUUGGUGCUUCCUGUGAAGCUUGUGGGAGAUAUCUGCAGGACAUGCCAAAUCGUUACUGCUCCAUUGCCUGCAAGGCAUCUAUAGUCCCAGUGAAGCCUGAAGACCAAAGUCACAAGUUCAUCGCGGUUACUAUACCACAAUAUGGUGAUUUUUCAUUAAAAGGUAACUGCAAUUCCGAAACAAACAUGAGCGAAAUGGAAUCAUCAAUCUCGUUGGCUGAGUCAUCUGAGGAGAUGACUGCUUGGGUAUGUUCAGCAUUGAAGCCAAGAAAGCUUUUGCAUAAGAGGAAAGGCAUCCCUCACAGAGCUCCUCUCUGUUGA